AUGUUUACGACCCCGCCGUCGUUCUCUUUCUCUUCCCCUCAAUCUUCGCGCUCGACGUCACCGCCGUGCACCCGCCCUGGCCGCCGGGGCGAGACGCCACGACCUAAUAAAAUGUUUACGACCCCGCCGUCUUUCUCUUUCUGUUCCCCUCAAUCUUCGCGCUCGACGUCACCGCCGUACACCUGCCCUGGCCGCCGGGGCGAGACGCCACGACCUAAUAAAAUUGUUUACGACCCCGCCGUCUUUCUCUUUCUCUUCCCCUCAAUCUUCGCGCUCGACGUCACCGCCGUGCACCCGCCCUGGCCGCCGGGGCGAGACGCCACGACC